UUUGUAGGGUUUGUGUAUAGCCUGUACAUAGAUAAAUCUAAAAUGAAGAAACACCACGGGCGAACUAAAUCUGCUACCAGAGACAGGUCUAGAGAACAUGUCAAAGAGACGGUACCUUGCAAAACGUAUAACCUCCGGAAACGGAAAUGUGAGAGUGGACAAUAUGAACAAGAUAAUAUUCCGACAAAAGUCCAAAACUCCAAAAGGAGACGGAUCCAGAAAGAGCCUAAUACUCCGACAAAAUUCCAAAACUCCAAACGGAGACGGAUCCAGUUAGAGCAUAAUACUCCGACAAAAGUCCAAAACUCCAAACGGAAACGGAUCCAGUUAGAGCAUAAUGAUCAAAGAACAGAUAGGAGAGUAAAGCCGUCAGCUAGAGGACGUAAACGUCACCCUACAGAUGUAGAUAAAUCAAACGAUAAGGCAAAACUCCAGGGUGUCAAAAUGAAAGAGUCAUUGAAAAGAAAAACCGUAAAGAAGUCAGAGGGAGGUACCCAUCUUGAUGUAGGAUUUCAAAAAAAGAAGGCUCAGAGAGUGCUUCGAUCUUCAAUUAAACACACCGAAGACAGAAAGGAAAAAGUAAACAAGCAUCCUAUUUCUAAAAUUUGCCUGCAAAUAAAGAAAAACAGGGACAAAGAAGACCUUCCAAGUAGGAAUCUGCUUGAAAAUUUGAGAAAACAAAGUAGGCAGAGGAGGACAACAAAUCCUCGAGUAAAAAGUCCGACCUUUAAUAAAAGUUCUCAUCAAGAGAAGAAAGAAAAUUUUCGAUUGAACAGUCCCUUGAAUUCUAAAGCUGAAAGCUAUAAAAAGUCAAAAGCAAAUAUGAUCAAACAAACUUUGCCCAGGAAUGAACGCACCAUAUUGGUUAAGGAAAUUCAAAAUACUGUAGCAUUGAAAGAGGAAACAUAUGCAAAAGAUUUUUCCAACUUGUUUUUAGCGAAAAUUACCAUUAAACACUAUCCCACAAUAGAACAAAAGGUGGCAUGCAUACAUGGAGUAUGUGUGUCUGAAAACAAUCUAGUGUGGGUGAACCAAUUGGGAGGCACAGUAUAUCUUCGAAAUACAACAGGCGAGGUCAUAAGAACUUUUGAAGUAGACUUUAGGCCUGUAUUCAAUUGUUGCACACCCUCUGGUGACGUUUUAAUAACACAGGGAUAUGGUGGUUCUAAACCUAUCAUUACCUCAAUAUCAAAAGAAGGAGAUGUAAAGGUUUUAGCAGAUCUUUCUUCCAUUGUUUCAAAUCUUUGUGGAAUUUUGUACCAAGAUGAAAAAAUAUUCGUUGUUGCACAUCAUGCAAAUGGCAAAAAAUACUUUAUUAUGAAACUUAACAAGAAUGGAGAAUUUGAAUGCGUAUACCACACACAGAAGGCAUCUGAUGAUAUAAAUCAGAUCAUAUCUCUAAAUGGUCAAAUAGUUGCCAUUCGCGCACAUUCUGACGGUUUAAUCCCUUUGGAAGCCGAUCAAAUUUCCUCAGCAAAGAUGAACAAAGUAAACAUAACUUUGUAUUCAGCGAGUGCAUCAGUGGACAAGUUUGGGAAUGUUAUCAUGGCAUCGAACGCAUCGCUCUUCAUCAUUAAUCCAAGUCUGGAGUUUAUGCAUGAGAUAGAUACUGGUAUUUCUGAAGAAAUCAUCUCAACAGCUGUUGAUCAACAAAAUCAGCUGUGGUUCGGUACCAGAUCUGGAGAGUUGUAUUCCACAAAAUACCUGAAAUGAUUGAGUGCACUAAUUUUUUUUAGAACGCACAUCUCUGACUGAUCUUUACAUUCCUUUUGAACUGUUUUCCUAUCUCUACAACAGAGUGGAUUUAGCUUAAAUAAUUUAUUACCUGAUAACUGUGUUACAUGUACAUACGCAACUCUUCCAGUUGAAACAAAAUAAGAUAUUUAGACUUAACUCGGCACUACAUGUAUUCAACUGACAUUUUAAGAGGAUUUCUUUUUG